UAUCGGUUCCUUAAAAAACAUUGAUUCGUUUGUAAAAAAAUAAAAUAAAAUUGAUUGGAUUGGGAUGAUUCUUAGGUUGAAGUGAAAGAAAGAAAGAAGCGUUGAUGCGAUCAGGAAUGGAAAGGUUGAAGUCCGGUGGUAUUCUAUGGUUAGAGGGUUUGAGAGAAGCUUGUUGUCUUCAUCGCGUUAUUAUUCUCUGUCUCAGGUCCAAACCUCUUAUGCUCCGAACUGGCCAGUGUUUCCUCCUUAAUGGUUUCAUUUUCUUAGGAAGUAUAUUCGUCCUAAACUCGGUUGUCAUCCCUGCUUUGUGGUGGAUAUUACCCGAUCAAUGCUCGCAGCUUGUUUCUCAUAAACUGUGUGCCUUAGCUGGAACUUUGAAAUUUUAUUCUUUCUUACGUCUUGUUCUCAUUCAACUCUUUUAUGCUCUUUGGUUUUACCCAUUAUAUGUGUUUAGCAUAGUUCUGAGCACCCUCUGGUACAAUGACAUUGCUAAGUAUGGGUAUGCCGCAAUGGGAAGAUCUAAGUUUACUGUGGAUAACAGCUCCGGCCAAAACAACACAGUAACUAUGCAAAAUGCUUAUCAAGCAAAAAGACCAUCUGGCCUUGGAGGGGUCAUGAUUGGAAUAGGAGAGCAGGUGUACUCGAUACUCCUUUUGAGCGUUUUCUUUCUUGAGGUUUAUGCAACUGGUUUCAUACCAUACAUAGGAAAGGUGCUCAAUUUUUUACUUCUUUCGUGGAUGUAUGCAUAUUACUGCUUCGAGUAUAAAUGGAAUUUCAACGAAGUGGCUCUUGACAGAAGGCUGGACUACUUUGAAUCUUACUGGCCAUUUUUUGCUGGUUUUGGAAGUCCUUGUGUUUUGGCUAUAUUCUUUUUCUCUCCUCUUGUGAGUUAUGGGAUUAUGGCUAUACUUUAUCCACUGUUUGUUCUAACUGCAACUGGGUCGGAGGCUGAACAAGAAAUAUCCUUUGAAAAAAAUAAAUGGAGAGCUGCAGGAGUGGAAAGGCUUCCAAUAUUUUAUGUUGCAGAUAAUGUGUCGAUGUGGAUUUUAUCUCUUUUACCCCUGGAGAAACGGGACCGGAUGCAAGACAGAAAAGCAAAAUAAGAUUAUUGUAGUCAACGCUUCUGGCAUAACUGACAACUGGAUAAAUUUAUUUAACAUGCUGAUGCGGAGUGAACUACACACUACAUGAUUUCCUAAUUCAGGUGCAGAAGAUUAAAGGCUUAACGCUGCAAACUGCUGCCGGAACUAAGUCGACCAUGUUAUAGAGAAUUUCUACUUUGUGUAGGAUCUGCCCUAACUUGGGGUUUGUGUUUUAGGAAUCCUGCUUGUAGUCCUUCGACCGCUACCUUCUACAUUGUAUAGAUUAUACUGAAUUUGGUUGUAAGUUGUAAGUCUUAAUUUGUACAUAAUAUUCAUAACCCUCGUCAAUAUAUUUAUGCAAAAUUACUUAUGUGAUCCUUUAACUUUUCUUAA